AUGUCGCUCCGAAUCAACAUUCCUCCUGCAACUAGGAUCUGUCUCGUCAGCCUUCUCACACUCUCCCUCCUAUACAACAUUGCCAGAUGGCGCCAAAUUGACACCACCGGCGGAACCCCGACAACUUCUCCCCUCGUCCCCUACCUGACUCUCGUCCCCUCCUACUUUUUCUACUACCCCUGGACAAUUGUAACGGCCGCUUUUGUCGAACAAAAUAUCUUCACUGUCCUGUUGAACGCCGCAACUAUCUUCUAUGGCGGCAAGUACCUCGAACGCGCGUGGGGCUCGCGCGAGCUCAGCAAAUUCGUUGCCGUUGUCGCUGUCAUUCCAUGCGUGGUGAUCAUUCCAAUAUACUUAGCAUGGGGUGCAUUAGGAGGUUCCUCAACCAGAUCCCUCACCCAAAUCUGCGGCGGCGUCUCCAUCCAGGCCUCCUUCCUCGUCGCCUUCAAACAGCUAGUCCCAGAACACACCGUAACGAUCUUCAAGGGCCUAGUGAAGAUGCGCGUUAAGCACUUCCCUGCCCUCUUCCUCCUCCUAAACACAAUGAGCGGCUUCAUCCUCGGAACAGACACAGCCGCAAUCCUAGCCUGGCUCGGUAUCCUCGUCAGCUGGACCUACCUCCGCUUCUACAAGCGCCAGCCCGACCUGACUGGUACAUCAAGCGCCGGCACCGGUAUUAAGGGCGACGCCAGCGAGACCUUUGCCUUUGCCUGUCUGUUCCCAGACGUUAUGCAGCCGCCCAUCGCAUUCGCCGCAGACCAGGUCUACGCCGUGCUGGUGGCAGUCAAAAUCCUCACACCCUUCUCCGAUGAUGAUAUCGCCUCCGGUAAUGAACAGGUGUUAGCUCGUGGCGAGGCGGGUCUGCCGACUUUGUUGAAUGCGCGCGGGAGCGCCAGGGGAGCGAGUAAGCGCGAAGAAGCGGAGCGGAGACGCGCCAUUGCUCUUAAGGCUUUGGAUCGGAGGUUGCAGAAUGCUACUGUUUCACGACCGCAGCCGUCGUUGGGUGAGCCCUCGUCUCAGCGUCCUGCUACUCCCACCCCGGCCGGGCCCAGCCAGAGUAUGCUUGGGGAAACGUCCUACAAUCCCGACCAUGCAUGA